GAAUCACUGUGUGUACACUUAGACAGUUAGACGGAUCACGCAUAGCCUAAAAUGGAAUCAGGCUAUUCCUUUCAAUUCUAGGCUAUUUAUUUCAAUUCUAGCCUAACAUUUAUUUUCCCGGUCGAUUCCAUUUUUAUAUAUAUAAAGAUUCCUUUCAAUUCUAGGCAUCCCCAACAAUUCAAUGACUUUUCGUUUUUGUUGAUUUGGAAUGAUUUCGUUGGAAUCGCGUGUAAAAAAUACGCACGAUUUUCAUUUCCAGUUCUAGGGCUUCCAGAGACCAGAGUUCCGGCCUUCAGGCUUCAGCCAAUCGGCGUCCAGCACAGCACUCCAGCUUCAACUCUCCAAUCCACUAAGCCAGCAAGCCUUCAAGAGUUCUGGUCAGGCAAGUGACAAAUCGCAUUGCCUAAUCUAUCCUGACCAUUAGAUCAACCUGAUUGUGCAUCUGGACAUUUGAUCUGAGCUUCUACAAGGGAAGGUUUAUUUAUUUUUUCAUAAAUUGCCGGGCAUGAAAAAUUAGUGCAAUUCCACCCCUUCACCACCUUCUUCCCGCAAACAAUGUGGACAAAAAGGCUCACAACUUUAUCAAGAACCCUCUCUCACUGUUACCCAAUCCUCUGUUCAACGUCACCUCAAAUCCCAUUUCAUUCCUACUCACAAGUUUCGAUUCCAUUAUCUCCUUCAUCUCCUCAUAUAAAAGAAGCUUUUGCUUCUAAAUUAUUCCAAAGCCAAAGACGUCUUAUUCCCAGAUUCCAAAGUGGAAAAUAUGUUUGCACUUUAUCUUCUAUAGAGAAACUCAAGUGCUGGAACUGUAAUUCAGAGGCAUCAAGUAACCAUCCAUUUCUUGUUUGUGAAACUUGUGCUAGUGUUCAACAUGUUGAUGAAUCCAUUGAUUAUUUCCAAAUUUUUGGAUUGGAGAAAAGAUAUGAAAUUAAGGGGAAGAAUCUUGAGCUCAAGUACAAAGACUGGCAGAUGAAGCUCCAUCCUGACUUGGUUCAUACGAAAUCCAAGAAAGAAAAGGAGUUCGCUGCUGAACAGUCUGCUCGUGUAAUCGAUGCAUAUCGGACUCUCACCAACUCAUUGUCAAGAGCAAAAUAUCUUGUGAAGUUGGAAGGAUGGCAUGUAGAUGAAGAGGAGAGGAUUUUGGACCCUGAGCUACUAGGGGAGAUUAUGGAGAUCAGGGAAACUAUUGAAGAAUCAGGAGACCCACAAUCAUUGAAACAUAUUCAGGCACAGCUAAGGGAAAAGUAUGAAGAGUGGUCAAAAUCAUUUGGAGUAGCUUUUGAGAACAGAAACGCAGAAGAAGCUGCAUCAUCUAUUCGAAGAAUGUCAUACUACAAGCGGGCAGAUGAGGAAAUAACUAAAAAACUGUGACACCAGACUACCCCACCCACCCCACCAUUGCUUGUCGCUCCUUAGUAAGGUUUUUCUAUUCACCUAUCAAGGAGUUUAUUUGUACCUUUUAAAGAUUAUGAGCGGCCCUUUACGGUUUUGUGUACCUGAAAUAAUUGAGAUCUUUGAUGUCAAGAGCAGUGGUCAUUUGAUUUCCCUGUCGUCAUCUCCAAUAAGAGAUAGAUGAAAAGAACCUAUCAAACAAUUCUGACUUCUCAGACGUUUCCUCAUAUGGAGUAGUUAGGGAGACGCUCUUAUGAAAGAUAAUUUAUAUUGCAGACUCGAAGGUUCUAAUGUGACAAUAGAGGGAACGCCCUUGUACCCUUGUUCCCUCUGCUUCUUUCUUUGUUUGUAUUGUUAAAUGUUAAUGUUAAUACAUAGCUUAACCUCUGGAUGAUACACUAGAACCCGAUUUGGUCCUUCAUAAUGUGAUUUGAAUGCCAUUUCAUUAUUACUCCGUAUUAUAUGUUUGUAUAGUUCCCAAAUGUGUUUGUAUAGUUCCCAAAUGUGUAUUUUGAAUUCA